GAAGCGGAAGUUGCUGAAGGGUAGUGGGAGGGGGGUGGAGUUGCCCCAGAAGUGUCAGGUUACGUUCCCGCUCUCGUUGGAGUUCCAGCCGCGGCUUCCUGAGCAGACCUCCGCCAUGGGCAACACAAGCAGCGAGCGCGCCGCGUUGGAGCGGCAGGGCGGCCACAAGACGCCGCGGAGGGACAGCUCCGGGGGCGCCAAGGAUGGGGACAGGCCCAAGAUCCUGAUGGACAGCCCCGAAGACGCCGACAUCUUCCACUCCGAGGAAAUCAAGGCUCCAGAGAAGGAGGAGUUCCUGGCCUGGCAGCACGAUCUUGAAGUGAAUGAUAAAGCUCCCGCCCAGGCUCGGCCAACUGUAUUUCGAUGGACAGGGGGUGGAAAGGAGGUGUACUUGUCUGGGUCCUUCAAUAACUGGAGCAAACUUCCCCUCACGAGAAGCCAGAAUAACUUUGUGGCCAUCCUGGAUCUUCCUGAAGGAGAGCAUCAGUACAAGUUCUUUGUGGAUGGCCAGUGGACCCACGAUCCUUCUGAGCCAAUAGUAACCAGCCAGCUUGGCACAGUUAACAACAUCAUUCAAGUGAAGAAAACUGACUUUGAAGUAUUUGAUGCUUUAAUGGUGGAUUCCCAAAAGUGCUCCGAUGUAUCUGAGCUGUCUAGUUCCCCGCCAGGACCCUACCAUCAGGAACCGUACAUCUCUAAACCAGAAGAGCGGUUCAAAGCCCCGCCCAUCCUCCCUCCACACCUGCUGCAGGUCAUCCUAAACAAGGACACGGGCAUUUCUUGUGACCCAGCGCUGCUUCCGGAGCCCAACCACGUCAUGCUGAACCACCUCUAUGCACUCUCUAUCAAGGAUGGAGUGAUGGUGCUCAGCGCAACCCACCGGUACAAGAAAAAGUAUGUCACCACUCUGCUCUACAAGCCUAUAUGAGAAGCUAAGAGCCAGCCAUGGACCACAGGGAAGGGACAGCAGGCAGCGCUGGGCUCUCCACGUGCAUGCAGAUCCUCACUUCAUUGUCUGGACAUUUCACCCCCACCCUAGUCCUCCUUGAAGGUUUGUCCAGGCAUAGCCUCUCUAGAAGAGCCCAGAAACGGAGACGGGAUGGCUGUGCUCAGUCCCAACACCACAGUGCACAAGGCUAGUGUGCUCCAAACAUCGUUCCUCAGCUGGCCAAAGAUGUCUACAGCCUGACCUGAAUGCUGGAAAAACCUGGGGAGCAGGGACUAAAUACACAUACAAAUUCUUACUGUCUGUAUCCGCAAGGCCGCUGGCCUGUCCCUGCUGAAGCCUGGCUGUGGAAGAAAGCAAUAUUCAGGCUUGCCUUUCCUUCUGAAUCAAAGCAGUAGAUUGUAGAUUCUAUGGAAAUAGAGCUGUCUGAUUUCCAGGUGCAGCUUUGCAAUCGUUGCCCGACACUGUGUACUAAGAUCUUUUUAACCAGAGUGGCUAACUAGCCACUCCUACCUAAGGCAAUAAGUCACCAGGAUGAGACUGUAGAUCAUGUGACUACACUCAGCAAUAAUUGUUUUCAAAACCCACUGCCAUAUUUGCCAUUAAGCUGGAUGAUCCCGAGGCCUGACCACCAUGGAAGGUUGCCCAUUUGUUGUUUUGGUUGUCAUAGUGACCAUGUUACCAUGACAGCUUGGUCAAAGCACCUACCCUCCUUUUUCAGUUCCAGCAAGUGCUACACAGCUGGGGACCCGACUCCAGUGAGCCAAGAAUGUCACAGUGGUUGCUAUUGCUUGUUCUGUAAUAACUUGGAACCCUACAGCAGCCUGCUAGAUUCCCAGCAGGAAGACAUCCUUUGGAUUAGCAUGAAUGAACCUAUCUUAAACUCAGUUUGGUUUCCAUGGUGAUGCCACAGAUGUGACCAUUAGUACAGGUUCCUGUCACCUGUCAGCAGAAGUUACCAAUUAUACCGUUCUUGCCAGAGGUGGAAGCAAACUCUGGUGUAUUUGGUUAACCUGAAUUUUGGGUACCUUUUUGUUACUAUUUUCACAACACAAUUGCUGUCAUCUUGAUGUACAAUAAAGCUUUGUAAAAAUAA